CCGAAUCCAUUUCAUUGCCCCAUCGCCCCGAUCCCUCUACCUCUCACUCUCACGUCUUUCAGGGAAACAGGCUCCGAGAUCACGACCUUCUCUCUCUCUCUCUCGAUCGAUCCAAGGGGAGGAAGAGAAUUCUCUAUAGAGCACGAGAGAUCUCAGGAAUGGUGAUCAUGGCCUUGAUGAAUUCCAGAUCUGUCAUUUAGAUCUGAUAUCCUGCCCGAUUCCGAUGGCGGGCGCCGUCUCGGCGCUGUUUCUCCUCGACAUUAAGGGCCGGGUUCUCGUAUGGCGGGACUACCGGGGCGACGUCUCUGCCGUCCAGGCUGAGCGCUUCUUCACCAAGCUCAUCGAGAAGGAGGGGGAUCCGGAUUCGCACGAUCCCGUGGUGUAUGAUAAUGGUGUGACCUACAUGUUCAUACAGCACAAUAACGUCUUCUUGAUGACGGCGGCACGGCAGAACUGCAACGCCGCCAGCAUCCUUCUCUUUCUCCAUCGUGUUGUUGAUGUUUUCAAACAUUAUUUCGAAGAAUUAGAAGAGGAAUCACUGAGGGAUAAUUUCGUGGUUGUGUAUGAGUUACUAGAUGAGAUGAUGGACUUUGGUUAUCCUCAAUAUACUGAGGCGAAAAUUUUAAGUGAGUUUAUCAAGACGGAUGCAUACAGGAUGGAAGUAAUGCAAAGGCCACCAAUGGCAGUGACAAAUGCCGUGUCUUGGCGCAGUGAAGGAAUUCGGUACAAGAAAAAUGAAGUCUUCUUGGAUGUUGUGGAGAGUGUUAAUAUACUUGUGAACAGCAAUGGCCAGAUCAUCCGAUCAGAUGUUGUUGGAGCAUUGAAAAUGAGGACAUAUUUAAGUGGGAUGCCUGAGUGUAAGCUUGGGCUAAAUGACCGGGUGCUUUUGGAGGCUCAAGGUCGAUCAACAAAGGGGAAAGCAAUAGAUCUUGACGAUAUCAAAUUUCAUCAGUGUGUGCGAUUGGCUCGUUUUGAAAAUGACCGGACUAUAUCUUUCAUCCCACCUGAUGGAUCAUUUGAUCUGAUGACUUACCGACUCAGCACACAGGUUAAACCCCUCAUCUGGGUGGAAGCUCAAGUUGAGAGGCAUUCAAGAAGUCGCAUAGAGAUAAUGGUCAAAGCGAGAAGCCAGUUUAAAGAGAGGAGCACUGCAACAAAUGUUGAAAUUGAGCUCCCUGUACCUGCAGAUGCUACCAAUCCUAAUGUGCGCACCUCCAUGGGAUCUGCUGCAUAUGCACCUGAGAAUGAUGCUUUAGUUUGGAAAAUUAAAUCUUUCCCUGGGGGCAAGGAAUAUAUGUUGAGAGCUGAAUUCAGCCUUCCCAGUAUUACAGCAGAAGAAGCCAUGCCAGAGAAGAAAGCACCAAUCCGUGUUAAAUUUGAGAUACCAUACUUCACUGUGUCUGGAAUCCAGGUACGGUAUUUGAAAAUCAUUGAGAAAAGCGGAUAUCAGGCUCUUCCAUGGGUGAGAUAUAUAACCAUGGCUGGAGAAUAUGAGUUGAGACUCAUUUAGCACAAACAAUUCUUGCUAUAGCCAAAACGUCUGCAAAUGGAUAUUACAUUACGCAAGGAGUUAUGCCUGAUUUAGGGAAACUCAUUUUCAUAGCAUGUGCAGUGAGAAGCUUGUCCAAUCUAGUGUUUCACGCUCUCUUUCUAAAUCUCGUGUUGUACCCUCAUUUUUAUAUAUAUGGACUUAGUAGUGCUCAUAAAAAUAUACUUUUUUGAGAAUAUUUCCUCACAGGAUCAUGACUAGGGGUUCAUCUCAGUUAUUGUAUGGUGUUUUCUUUUUCCAAUGUUGUGUAUUGUGUGAAUGGUGGGAGAUAUUUGAUUCAUUCGUUACACUUGGUUUUG